AUGAGCUCCUCCCAACAACCAACUCCCCCCGACAAACACACACCCACACACCUGCCACCUACCCUCAAACCUCCCUCUACCAACCUCACCCGCAGACCAAGCUCUCUCUCCCCAAGUACGGGGUCGAGGACCGCAAAUGGACCACCGUCCGUCAACGAUGAGCUGGCAAUCCCGCCGCAAGAUGUUAACGUUAACGGGGAAGACCCGAUCCCUACGGGAUGCUCUAACCCGCAGCACGCAGCAGCGGGGAACCCACAGGGAAAGACGAGAACAACAGCCUCACCAGACGAACCAAAGUGUCCCAAGGCAAUGACGGAAGACUCAGGUGUAAACGAUCUGACCACUCCGUCCGUCCUCCUCCACUUCACUAUGCCUUCUGACCAAGAUCGUCCAGCAAAACAGUCUUACGCGCAAGCAGCAAGCCGGUCCCCCUCCCCGCCGACCCAAGCCAACGCACCUGUGAAUACCACCUCUCGUACCCCGUCUAACCCAGCCAGCUCUAACCCCGCGCCACGUACCGUCGCGAGGAACGACACGUCCCAGACGACGAGCACCCAAAGAAGGAACUCGUCCCUCCAGACGAGCACGCCCGCACGCCCGGCCACCACUAAACCCAAGCCCAGACAGUCAACCGCUCAAUCGGGAGGUAGACCAUCGGCAAACGACGCGUCCACGCGACCUGCCACCCCCUACCCAAACACCAGAGCAGCCCGGUCGGCUACGACGGCACCGCGCCCCUCGCAACCCCAAGAGUCAGGUAUCCCUCCCCAACCCCACGCCUCCAGUACCUCCCAUCCCCCUCUCCCCACCAAUACAAACACCGCCGUCACGAACUCCUCCGCAGAACAGUACGCAGCCAAGCACUCGCUCACCACCGGUGCGAAGAAGGCGCGGGAAUUAGAAGCGAGGGCGGAGAGGGAGAAGGAGGCGAGGAAGAAGGAAGAGGCCCGCGCUGCGAAAGCAGAGAGAGAGGCGAUUGAGAAAGCUGAGAAGGCGGCGGCGGCGAAGGAGAACACCAAAAGGGCGGCAGCCAACAAAGCAGCCAAGGACCAGAAGAGAGAGGAGGGGAGACUGAUACGGCUCAAGAUCAUAGAGGAGACUAAAGAGCAGAUGGCCGCUGAAGAAGCGGCGGCGGAGCGGGCUGCCGCUAAUGCCACGAACGCUGAGGACGACGGUGCCUCCAUCGACGCCCCUCCGUACCCCCAGUCGCCGCCAGCCCGGAGAGGAACACCCCAACCGCGAACCGAGGAACGCGACCCAUCUCCCCAGAGCCCUCCAAACGGGGCUAAGUCGAAGGGGAAGCAGCGAGCAACCUCCCAGCCGGUGCAGGAACCGAAGAAACGCGGGAAGGGGAAGAGGCGCCAGCGCGACCCGUCGCCUCUGCUCGAACGUAGCCCGACCCCUCCUCCCUCGCACCAUGAUGCCGCAAUCGAGGAGCAAGUGGAAGACAACAGCUCUGACCUCUUCGAACCCUAUGACCCGGCCUUUUUCGAAGAGGCGGAAGAGGGCGUAGGCACGUCAUCCGGACUACGACAAAUCAACUAUAUACGGAGGCGUAGAAGCCCUUACGCCUUCGUCUACGACAACGAUAACGAGGAAUACCCCUUCCAGGACCCCGUCGAGCGAGGUCCCUCCCAUACCCCGCCCUCCCGGAAAAGGACACGGAUCGAUCAAUCCCCAGACGAGGACAGACCAGUGACACGCCAGCGAACCCGCGCACCCAACCUCGAUGACCCCGAGCCGGAAGCAGACGCCCCAGACCAGUCCAACGACAACGAUGCGCCCUCUUCCAAAUCACGGGGAAGGAAACGGAAUCGCAGCAAGAACCGUGAUGCCUCCCUCCGACCGCGACACCGCCAACGCCGACACUCCCCCUCCCCAGAGCUCCCCAAUCUCGACACCGACCGAGACAACUCACCCGCCCCCUCUCCGGGAACGAGUAUCACGCCAAACGUUCCCAUAGUCCAGGGCAGACGGUACUACCCCCAGGGCCUUACUGACUGGCACAACGUCAGCAACCUCGAUCGGGCCUACAUGCAAUCCUUCGCCAAGUUCUGCCUCACCAACCCAGGAAUCUCAGCCGCAAUCUUCGACGGUCGUGCCCCCACGCAGGCUACCGCCUCGGCCGACGCCGGUCGAAUCCAGAGAGCGAUUGAAAGCUUCCUCCAACGCAAGGACAUCCGCGUCUCCCCUCCGAAACCACAGGAUACCUCCGCCGAGGCCCUCAGCGACGGCCCAUUCAAUUUCCUCGUCUCGGGAAUUACGCAAAGCGAGCGCGAACGACUACUGGCGACCGCAACCAUCUACCAUGACACAGACGCUAUCCACACUUCGGCAGUCGGUCUCGCUGACCCUGAGAUUCAGACAUACCUCGUAUCCUUCACAGGCUUCGCAACGGAGGACGUAGCAGAGGUCGAGAGGACGGUACGAGAGUUGUUCGUCGCUGACAAUGAGCUCAAAUCGAUCUUCGAUGACAUGACCCCGGAGACCCAUGACCCCCUGGAGACCUUCCGCUUCUUCCUGGACUCGAUCUGGGGUGUUCGAUGGGAGACGAGGAGCGGUGGGGGAGGGACACGUACCACCUUCAAUAUCCACGCCAGAAUCCCGUCCAAUAACCCGACACAUCGACUAGCGGUCACCAGGCGCAUUCGCCGUCUCACACCAACGAACCCUCUCCUUGGAUGGGUAGAAGUACACCCCGGGUAUAGAUGCACGAGAUGUCACGCACGCGACCACCCGAGCGGACUUUGCCCCUUCCCGCUCCAAGCCGGAUGGAGGGGCCCGCCCCCGAUCCCUUCGCAGCCACAAACGACGCAAACCCAACUCGCAUUGCAAAGCCCCAGCGCCCAAAUCAUCCCCGAUAUGCCUCCGGACCUGGGACCAACCACGCAAGCACCGCCGCAACCGACCGUAACCAACCGGAACCGGAAUCGAGGCCGAGGAGGCAGACCGGGUAGGAGAGGAGGGGCCGGUGGAGGCAGAGGAGGCGGCCCGACGAACGGGGACGCCUGA